UUUGGUUACAUAAUCACCAUCUUUUGUGCCCAAAGCUUGACUUCACACAUCUUACUCGUCGAAACUACCAUCAUGUCUCUAAUCGAUGUCGCCUUGGACGCCGAGCUGCGGUCGGCUUUCAUGGAUGCUGAGCUUAGGUUCCUCAAUGCUGUGGCGGAGGAUGACAGAAGGGGCACAUUCCAAACAGAGUUCCGCAGCAUCACACAACGCGCAGAAGCCGCAAUGGCCAGCAACCUCCUCAGUUUAGAGACGGUGGAUCUCAUCCGUUCCGUGGUUGCGAGCAUUAGAGCCACUGCCAUGCGGUUUAUGGAAGGCUGCAAUGCAACGGCGCGGCUUGAGUCUCAAAUUGUCAAUCAGUGGAAGUCGAUAUUGGGAGCCCGUCUACAAACCUCUGCGCGAACCCCCACGGCACCUUCCAAGCGCGUUAAGCAACAUCAUAUCGACAGCGUCACUGCUGAGAUGACAAAAUACCGACCUUGUCGUGACUACUUUCUCUCACAUCUUGGCGCCCCUUACCCUACUGCUGCUGACAAGAAACAGAUGGCCGCAAAAAUUGGUUGUGAAGUCGCUUCUGUCAGUCAGUGGUUCACCAAUCACCGACGUCGCUCAAGCUGGAUGUCUGUCAUGAAAGACUUUGCCAACAAUGACAAAGGAACGAUGCAAAGGCUAGUCCAAACUGUCAUUUCUCCCGAUCCAUCUACCCCAGAUGUCGAUGUCCCGGAUGAAGCACGCAGAGCCGUAUCUAACGUACGUGCAUACUUUGAGAAGAUUACAGCUCCCACCGUCUCCGAAGAAUUUAUGGAGAUGGUCAGUCAACCGCCUAUGUCCGACGAAGAGCUGGCCGCCUAUCGUGCUCGUCGAAAACAAAUCCGCCGUGUGCGCAUGGAAGCAAAGCGAGCGUUGGCCGCCAAAUUUGCUGCCAAGCAUGGAGAAGGCGUCAAGGUUGCAGAACGGGCCGUACCACUUGUCGGCAAGCGUAAGCGUAACUCAGAAGAUACCCCUCCCGAUGAGGACGAGCGUCCCAGAAAGAGGCGUGGUGCAUUGGCUCAAAUCAAGGUGCUAAUUUCGCGAGAUCCGAACAUUCGAUUCGUUGUGAAAGAGGAUGGUACUGUCAGGCGCCUCCGCCGCAAGGGACCUCUUCCAUCGGGCACAACAUUCCCUCGGCGAAGAAGAUUACAAUUCAGAACACAUAUAUACCAUCCCACCCCUCCAAAGCUAUCCCACUUGACAGCGCAUGUCUGAGGAUUAACAAGAAACGUAAGGCCGCUGACGAAGUCGGCGAGGCUUCGAUGCCUGAACCCCGGCUUCCGACAACACACAAGCGUCGUCGCCCCAACCUCGCUCCUGUUCGCAAGUCAUCGUCUGUUGCAUCCAUUUCCUCCCCCUCCCUGGCUUCGUUGUCCCCA